AUUGGUGCAGGUGAACUUCCGGAUGACACAUGCUCAUUUGUUCUCGAGGCUCAGACAGUGCAUUGGAGCUCCUUUCCACGUGCAAACUAGCGAAUCUAACGGUAAAGGCAGAGCUUGGUUGUUGCUUGCUCCAUAGAAGGGGAAGGCUGACUAUAGAUGGAUGCAUACUUCAGUGUGAAUCUGAUCCUCUGGAUUACCUCUCAUGUCCCAUUGUGAGUACAGCCAGUAGCCGUGAGGUGAUUCCUUCAUCCAUGAAGAACAAUGAUGAUGGUGUUUUUGUUUCUCAAACCCGGAUUGAGGGAGGUGCCAAAGCUGUUCUGACAAGUGGCGAUCUCGUGCUGCAACGAGUCAGGGCAGUUAUCUGUAAUUUAUGACAUUUAGGAUUCUUUCAGUGGCCUUUGCUUUCUUUUCAAGUUAAAGUAUCUGUCAAGCAGAAGGAAUGACGCAAUGCAAGAUGUUUACUUUAGAGAAUCUUAAACGUCACUUCUGCUGUAGUUGCAUAUAAUUUCCAUCUGCCUUUUUUUUUUUUGGGACUGGACAUCUGCCAUUUUUAUUUUCAAUGGAAUUCUCGGGCAGUAAUUUUCUUCUUGUA